CCUUCCGGGUUGCGUCCCGCCGCUUCCUCCUCCUCCUCCCGGGCCAUGGGGGCGGCUGCCGGCGGGGACCCUCAUGCAGGGGGAGCGGCGGUGGCUCCGCUGGACCCCGGGCGCGGGCUGCCCCUGCCCCAUGGCGCCGGGAGCCCUGCGGCGGCCCAGGACAAGGUCUUCUUAAUCAAAGGUGGCAUUUUUCUAGGUACCGUUGCUGCAGCAGGAAUGAUAGCAGGUUUUGGCACCACGCUUGCCAUGACGAAAAAGAAGAACCCGGACUGGUUCAGCAAGGGGAUUACUGCCACAGCUGCAUUACCAGAGAGUGGUUCAUCACUGGCCUUACGAGCCCUAGGGUGGGGCUCGCUCUACGCUUGGUGCGGAGUUGGAUUGCUCAGUUUUGCCAUCUGGAAGGCCCUGGGUGUGCACAGUAUGAAAGAAUUCCGAACUAAAAUGCAGUCACUGUUUCCAGCAAUUCCUAAAAAUAGCGAGUCCGCUGUUGAAUGGGAAGACUUACUUAAAUCCAAGUGAAAGACUCAGAGCCAUUUGGAGAUGUGUCUUGCAGCAAGAGGAGGAACGGAAGUAGCAGAAGUGUCCCAGCUGGAAAACAGAGAAGAAAACUCUGAUUGAGCCGGUUACUGACUGAGUUUACUAAACCUGGGUAAGCCAGUGAACAUCUAGCAACAAGGGAAUUCAAAACAAAACAAUUAAUAUUGUACUUUUCAGCGUGCUUGGUAUAGUUGUUUGGUGAGGAAAUGAACCCUCCAAGUCAAGUUGGACCCAACUUGAAAGAAGACUAUAUCCUAUGAAGACCUAAAAGAAGAAACUGAUCUUCAGUAAUAAAUAGAAGGACAAAACCCCAGAAAACUCUUAUCCCAUCCCAGUUUUUAAGAGAAAUUUUAGGAAAUUUCUCCAUGAAACAAAGAACAGUACUUUCUGUGACAUUUACGUGUUCCAUUAGGAAUAUAACCAUCAAGUCAUUUACUAAGCCUAAAGGUAAAGCAUACAGUGCACUCUUCUAAAAAUAAAGGAAGUAUUUAAAUUUGCAACAGAGAAAGUAUCUAAUCCAAACUAUUUUUGUAUGUCUGAAGGGAAAGUUUAAAACAUCCAAUAUGCAAGUAGUGACCUGCUGAGCUCUUCUCUAGAGCAUCAGAAGAGAUCUCUACAAAGUGCACUAGUUCCCUCAGUAUUAGCUUUUUUAUUGGAUCCCACAAUAGUGAAUCUGAUAGUUUGCAUAAGAGUCUGCACUAUAUUUGUACAGCAAUUUAAGUUGUAAGUGAAAAAGGCACAAAAGAGCGAGAGACCCAGUCUGUCCCACACAAAUAUUUUCAGCUAAGAAAAUGUAUGGGCAGGACUAGGGCUUUUUUUUGUAUUUCAGUGGUUCCUAUGGCUCUUCUACCAAAAGAAGCAAUGUGACAUUUUCCACACUGCAGUAAUUUCAUGAAGUGUGGGUGUAAACUGGGAAGAAUAACGUCUUACUCAAACAUUGUAUUUGCAGAACUGUAGGUCUGCAAAAACGCAGAGAUAAAAAAAAAUGCUAUCAGUGAACAAUCCUUUGUUGAAUGCUGAAUUAUCAGGUUUUUUUAUUAAUUGCACACAGUCCAAUUAGUUAGUUGUCAGAUUUAAUAAAGUUCUUCUAAAACCUGUCCUUUGUGAUUAAGUCUUUAUAUUCCUAGGAAAGAACAUAAAAAAAAAAAGCUUUAAAUGUCAGAUGAAUAAUAGAGAAGUAUGGUUUUCCUAUGAAACAUGACAGCACUAAAAUAAUAUCUUUAAAGCGAUUGAAGUGUAAUAGUUGACAUCUUUUCCUUAGCUUGAUGCUUGUAAUCCAAUAUUAAAUAAAUUGUGGUGAAUGCUGCCAUCAUAUGCACAUGAAAAACAGUACUGUUUUCAUAGUUCUGUUAGUUUGUGUGCAUGCUGUGGUACCUGUAUUGCCUAUGUUUAUGCAUAUUAGUGCUGAGUUCCCAAGUUUUAACAAGUAACCAGGUUGAUAAAACUAGUCAGGUACUGAACUGAAGUAAAUACAUGCAAAUUGCAUGAUGUCCUUAAGGUUGCCUACCUUUAGUUUCUAAGGUGGUAUUCGGGUCAUCUGUCUCUGGAUUAAAUAACUUGCCAAAAUUGGUCAUCCAAAGUUCCCUGCACAGUCACUGGAGAAAGAAGGGACUGGUCAGAGGGCGACUUGGAGACAGACAGGAGUGGUCAGAGGGUGACUUGCACUGUACUAAAAUGAGUGGCUGCUCCUGGAAUUGUGCAAAGCAUCUGACCUGCUCUACCUGCUGGCUGCCUCUGAAAAGAGCUGCUCUGCCCUUGUUCGCCUCCCAUCAGCACGGUGACUGCGUAAGAACACAGCUCAGGAGAAAGCCAGGAGAAAAAUGAGUAGUUUUCUAGCACUUCAGAGCUCUGAGGGUUAGACAAGUCCUGGCACAAGAGAGUUGUCCCUUCUGGUAACGAUUAGCCAUUGGAUCAGUGUAAUUGUAUUAUAAAAAAAAAAACAAACAACUAACAACAAACUUCUGGCAAAUAGGAUGAAUUACAUCUGGAGGUGCCCAGUUAUAUGGACAAACAGAUGAGGCUGUUCAAAAAACCCAAACAUAGUGAAAUGCACAGACAGAAAUCUUUAAAAUAGAGUUACACUUACAGGGAAGCAGAGUGACCAUGUAAAUCUAUGUUGAUGUACAAGACUGAGAAUAAAACAUCUUCCACAGA